AUGACGGCUGACUUCAAUCUUUUAUCAUCCUACUCUACAGAUACACAGCUCGCUCCCGCGCUACUCCGCUCGUCUCCCGAGUCAAAAAUGCUCGAGCUAGGCCCCAAACUUCACUCUGGCGCACCGGCUGACCUCGAUCCUUCGUCAUUGUAUUCUACAGACUCACAACCCGCUCCCGCACUAGUUAUUUCGUCUCUCGCAUCAAAACUGCGCGACUGGUGCCCAAAACAUCCUAUCCUGGGUCCUGCACGCCGCCGCACCUACACAUCCGAACGGCGUCGAACCCCAUAUAUGCAUGCAUCUUGGGAUCUCGAGAGGAUUCGUGAGGGCGGGAGAUACGUCUGCUCGAGGGUCGCAAUGGGCAUGGACCCGUUACUUGAGAUCUACUCGUUUGAGGGCGAGGGCAUUGGUGAUGAUGGUGAGAGGGACGAAGUCGUUGUGGGUUGUGAAGGUGCUGCGCGAGGUGUUUCUGAACCGCUAUCUUCCAUCCCUACACCUGCACCAGCAUUCACGAAACAUGCUCUGCUCGAGCUUCUUACCUCUGAACGUGCCUAUGCAAACGAUUUGGCGCUCCUCAGGGAUGUGUAUAUGAGGUUGGCGCCUGGUUAUCCUCCCUCAUUCGGUUUCUCAUGUACUAAACGCCCAGUCUUAGGUUUAGAAAUUUCGAAUCCUGGGUCCAACGCAUCUAGCUCAAGUUCUGAAUCCACCAAAUCAAGCUCCGGCACAUGCUCAUCCUUGUCCUCGCGCACAGUCAGCACCGUCUCUACAUCCAACAUAUCCGUCUCGGGGCUUUGUCCACCAGCGAUACAGCUCAACGUGCCUUCUAUCCAAUUGAAUGUACCUACAUUCACGCAAAUAGGUCUUUCAAUGACAUCCUUUCCUCCGCCCGAUUCCAAGGCUCCUACACAACUUUCACGCCCGAUGUGCGAGCCCCCACUGUCUGUCGCCGACACACGUCGCACCAUGUCAAAUCGUCACUUCUCCUGA